GACACUAAUUUGAUAAUUGGAUAGAAACUUAUACGGGUCUGGCAAAAAGGUCCUAAUGAGAAGAGAUGGGAGAAACUGAAUACCAGAGCGGUUUGAAGAAAGAAAAGGUGUUGAAAGCUUUAUUGGAAGAUCCAAUACUCAGCGAUGUACCGAAGAAUCCAACUUUGGAAGAUGUGGAAACACUGAUUGGACUUGAAUUGGGUAGUGCAAUGCGAAUUUCGGUUUUGAAAUUGGAUUCAUCUUCCUUUGAUGUCAUUGUUAUGAAUACGGCAACUGUGAAGGUUUUGAAACUUGCUAUCAAGAAGAAGGUCAAUUACAUGGAACAAUCUAGCAUGGGUCAUCGUCACAUUUCUUGGAAGAGUGUGUGGGCUAAUUAUUGUUUGUCAUUUGAUAACAACAAGCUCUUAAAUGAUGAUGAUGUGCUUCAAGAUUUGGGUGUAAGGAAUAAUUCUAAGGUACAUUUUGUCCCAUAUGUCAUGACAAAAGAAUCUAGAAGACACUCAAAAAGGAGAAAUCAUCGAUUUUUUCAUGGUCUUAGUAAGCUUUUUUGAUCAAACAUGUUGAGAGGUUAAGCUCAUUGGGUGUAGCAUGUUUUGAUAUUUGUGUUGGCCGAGUAUUCUAUCUCAUUACUUGCCUUAAAAGGCUGAGCAUGCCCAACAACAGCUUCAUUGUUGAUUCUUAUUUCAGGUUGUUUGUAGAGUCUUAGCGACCGACAUUUCCUAGCAUAGAAUUAGAUAGGCUAGUAUGACACUCAUUUUUCUCCGAACCUGUACUCCAUGGAAAAUUAUAAGUUUUGUCUUAGUAUAACAGAGGAUAUUAUGUGAAAUCCCUAUGUUGAACUGAAACUAUCUUGUGGAAGCCACCAACAAAUUGGAAGUGUA